AUGACAAGCUUCACAGGGGAUAUAUCUUUCCCUCAGGACUCUCCUGGACAGCGGUACGUCUCCGUAUAUGCGCUACACGCCGGCUCGCUAUUCCCUCCCCAUGUCGAAGCCUUCGGGGACAGCAUACGCCAGAGUGGGAGCUUGAAGGCCCCAAGCUUUUCGUUUUUGGUGGAGCAUGAAGUACACGGCCGGCUCCUAUUUGACCUUGGUCUGAGGAAGGACGGGAAAGGCUACCCACCAGCAUGGGAUGAGAUUGUGACCCAGCUCAAGGUAGAUUGCUCGAAGGAUGUCGCCGAUCUCUUGCAGGAAGGCGGCGUCCAACCAGGUUCAAUCAAUUCAAUCGUCUACAGUCACCUCCACUUCGACCAUGUCGGGGAUCUUGCGCCUUUUCCACAAGCCGAACUUAUCGUGGGCGCCGAUACUGCAGUCCUCAUGCAGAAGACAUAUCCUAGCGAUCCUACUGGUCUCUGGCCUGAAUGGCCGAGCGGACAGAAGGUGCGCUACGUGAACUACAGCGAUGCGGACGCGCCCGCUCGCCUGAUCGCCCCACUCGGUUCGUUUACACGGGCGCUGGACCUGUACAACGACGGAUCGUUCUACCUGCUAGACGCGCCGGGACACCUCCCAGGGCAUCUUGCGGCGCUCGCGCGCGUCUCGCCAGACAGCUUCAUCUUCCUCGCGGGUGAUUGUUGCCAUCACCGCCAGUACUACACUCCGGGCGUGCGCCUUGUGAGCCAGGAACAUCACCACGAUAUCGACGUCGCGCGGGACACGAUGGAGAGGCUGAAGCGGAUGAAUAAAGAAAGGAACGUAGUACUCGUGCUCGCUCACGAGAGCCAGCGACUCGAGGAGGGCAUGCCGUUGUUUCCUCGUAGUCUGAAUGAGUGGGCGAAGGAGGAGAUGGCCAGGAAGCCCGGCGCGUAA